AUGUUCGCUGGGAAGCGUUUGAGCAAGGAGCUUGCUAAGAUGCAAGGCCAUCUCCCCCCGGGAAUCACCUUCGCCAAAUCCGACAACCUCGAAGAAUGGCAAAUGGACAUCCGCGUCCUCGACGACAACCCGCUGUACCAAAACCAGAUCUACCGUCUUAAAUUCACCUUCAGCCAGAAAUAUCCCAUCGAACCCCCCGAAGUCCAAUUCAUCUCCCUCCCCGCCUCCCACGAAACCCCCCGCCCAAUCCCCAUUCACCCACACAUCUACAGCAACGGGAUAAUCUGCCUGGACCUGCUCAGCACGGCGGGCUGGUCGCCCGUGCAGACGGUGGAGAGCGUGUGCAUGAGUAUCCAGAGCAUGUUGACGGCGAAUACCCGAGAUGAGCGGCCGCCGGGGGAUAGCGAUUUUGUGUCGUAUAAUAAGCGGCGGCCGAGGGAUAUUAAUUUUCAGUAUGAUGAUGAUAAUGUUUGA